AAUGGGGCCUUCUCGGGGCCUGUGGCAAGCUGCACAUCACAGUGGAAUGUAUGGGUAAGGAGAACUACUUAACUCAUAGCAACCAGUAGGAAGAGGAAGAGGAAAAGGCAGGACUCCAUGAUCCUCCAAAGAACCAAAAUCUCCCAUCAUGCCUCACAUCCCUACUGUUUCCCCCUGGUCCCCUUGAUGGCAUCCAGCUGAGUGCUAAAGCUUUGGCAUGUGGGCCUUUGGGAGACAUCUCAAGGCCAAGGUACCACAGGGAGUGAGAUGGGUUCGGCGGUCAGUUCCAGAGUCAGCAGCCAUACACAAAAGUUGUAGAGGUUUCGUGGGGAAAGACUGUCCAGGUUCCCAUCAAGUCGGCCAAUGGGAAGUACAAAACAGUCCCUGCUAAGCCUCCACUCCCUCUUUCAUAAAGUGUGAAUGAGUCAUUCCCACCUCUGGUCUCGCCUUCUUUCUGCAGUGGUCCCAGCAUGCUCUGCUCACCGCAUCCCGAGGCGCACUGACCAUGAGCCUCAACUCCUCCCUCAGCUACAGGAAGGAGCUGAGCAACCUCACUGCCGCAGAGGGUGGCGAAGGGGGCGCUGUCUCCGAGUUCAUCGCCAUCAUCAUUAUCACUGUCCUCGUCUGCCUGGGCAACCUGGUCAUCGUGGUCACCUUGUACAAGAAAUCCUACCUUCUCACCCUCAGCAACAAGUUCGUCUUCAGUCUGACCCUGUCCAACUUCCUGUUGUCCGUGCUGGUGCUGCCGUUCGUGGUGACCAGCUCCAUACGGAGGGAAUGGAUCUUCGGCGUGGUCUGGUGCAACUUCUCUGCCCUUCUCUACCUGCUGAUCAGCUCGGCCAGCAUGCUGACCCUUGGCGUCAUUGCCAUCGAUCGCUAUUACGCUGUUCUGUACCCAAUGGUGUACCCCAUGAAGAUCACAGGGAACCGAGCUGUGAUGGCUCUUGUCUACAUCUGGCUUCACUCUCUCAUUGGCUGUCUGCCACCCCUCUUUGGCUGGUCGUCGGUGGAGUUCGAUGAGUUCAAGUGGAUGUGUGUGGCCGCGUGGCACCGGGAACCUGGCUACACCAUUUUCUGGCAGAUCUGGUGUGCCCUGUUCCCCUUCCUCAUCAUGCUAGUCUGCUAUGGUUUCAUCUUCCGGGUAGCCAGGGUCAAGGCCCGAAAGGUGCACUGUGGCACGGUGGUCACUGUGGAGGAAGACGCCCAGAGGAGUGGGAGGAAGAAUUCUAGUACCUCCACUUCCUCCUCUGGCAGUAGGAGGAAUGCCCUUCAGGGAGUGGUCUAUUCCGCUAACCAGUGCAAAGCCCUCAUCACCAUCCUGGUGGUCAUUGGCGCUUUCAUGGUCACCUGGGGCCCCUACAUGGUUGUCAUUACCUCAGAGGCACUCUGGGGGAAGAACUAUGUCUCGCCAACCCUGGAGACUUGGGCCACGUGGCUGUCCUUUACCAGUGCCAUCUGCCAUCCUCUGAUCUACGGACUCUGGAACAAGACUGUUCGCAAGGAGCUCCUGGGCAUGUGCUUUGGGGACCGUUAUUACCGGGAGUCAUUUGUGCAGCGACAGAGGACCUCCAGGCUCUUCAGCAUUUCCAACAGGAUCACAGACCUGGGUCUGUCCCCACACCUCACGGCACUCAUGGCAGGCGGACAGUCCCUGGGACACAGCAGCAGCACUGGUGACACAGGCUUCAGCUACUCUCAGGAUUCAGGGACAGAUGUGAUGCUGCUGGAAGACGGUGCUUCUGAUGACAGCCCUCCCCAGCACUGCACUUGCCCGCCCAAGAGGAGGAGCUCUGUGACAUUUGAGGACGAAGUGGAACAGAUCAAAGAGGCCGCCAAGAACUCUAUUCUUCAUGUGAAAGCUGAAGUACACAAAUCCUUGGACAGUUAUGCAGCCAGCUUGGCUAAAGCCAUUGAGGCUGAAGCCAAAAUCAACUUAUUUGGGGAGGAGGCUCUGCCAGGGGUCUUGUUCACAGCACGGACAGUCCCGGGGGCGAGCUUUGGGGGCCGUCGAGGCAGCAGGACUCUUGUGAAUCAGAGGCUGCAGCUACAGAGCAUCAAGGAAGGGAAUGUCUUAGCUGCAGAACAGAGUUGAAGGCUCUGAGGGGACUGGGGCUGCAGUGGAGGAGCUACUGGUACUGGUGUCUGUGCCAAGACCCUGGAACAUGUCACCACGCAGAGAGAGCCCAGAUGCCGGGAAGGAAACAUCUGGUACACAGCCAGGAGGAUCAAAAGUACUGUCUCUAGUCUCUGACGUCAGCUGUCUGCUGUAAAGGCAUACGUGGGCUGCUUCAGGGCUCCUGGGAUGGAACGAGGCUUCCCAAGCAUACGUUAGAAGCAGAUGGAGAUGUGGCUGGGGUUUCAGGAAGAUUAGAGACAGUGGAUGUGAAAGGGAAGCCACCAUGAGGAUCUCGUCUUCAUCAGUAUCCAGCUGGUCUAGCGGCCCCUGGUCUCAGUGAGGCCUCUAGAGGCAGUCCCUACUCAGUGCACCUCCUGGGGACAGCACAGCUCUCCUUAGUACUGUUAGACCACCUAGGGGCUCUGUGUGGUUGAUCCAGACAGUGUGGGGCCACAUGUGCUAGAUUAAAUGCAAAAGCAGUCCCGAGAGCACUCAGGAGUAGAGCACCCUACAUAGACAUCCCAUAUCUACUGCCCUAGUUAGGACUUGGCCUUUGGUGGCACCUGCUGCUGGCCUAUAGAAACAGCCCAAAGGCCACCCAAGAUGUGGCCACCCCACCCCCUUCCUUGUUGACAGAUUUUUAUUAAUAUUAUUAUUUGAAAAGACAGGAGAAACCACUAUAAAAGACAAGGGUGAGUACCAGGCAUUUCAUCUCCAGAAUAAUAAAACCUGGAGAUUAGGGCAUAUCACGAAGACUGGGACUGUGAGGUCAUGCACAGCUGGGGAGAAUUUGAGGGGAAAUCCCUCACACAGGAGAUAUGGGAGAUGAUUGAGCGACUGGCAAACAUAGUUGGCCUCACUUUCCAGAGACAAUUGUGACUGUCAUUGCAAGUUUGGGGCUGGCACAAGGUAGAAAGGGCACUGGACCUGAGUUCACAGCCUGGGUUCUUGACCCAGCUUGGUUUUUGUCUGCGUGUCAUCUAGGACAUCCUGUCCUAUCACUAGGCCAUUUGGAGAAAAGAAAGGUGUGAGGAGUUGGAACAAGUUGCCUCCAAGACAAUUCCAGCUCUGAUCUUUGAUGUCUUCUGAAUCUGUAAGAGAUGGGAACAAACUGAGCAUGACUGGAGGGUGACCCAGCAUCUGCAUACUGUUGAGGGCGUGCCCAGUGAGCACAGGGAGAGCCACCUGCGUGCUCUGGCCCUGGUGUCUGCACUGCUUGGCUGUUUAGGGAGAUCCUAAAUGCUGACUACUGAGACGUGGGUACUGAAAACCUUCCAUAGGCUUGGCUUGCACCUUUGGGUGCUUGAUUCUGUUACCUACUCCAGGUCAGCUGUGCAGGGGAAUGGCAGGAUUUUGGAUGGAGUGACAGGACAGGACCUGCUCUCCUAGCAGCACCUGUCUUCUCUCUGUAUUCUGUUCUGCUUUUCUAGUACUUGUCUGGUGUCUGGAGGGACCCUAUUCCCAAUUACCCAGUAAGCACUGAAGUGGAGCAUGCCCCCUAAGUACAGGUUGUCAGUGCAAAGGAUAGAGAGCUCUUCCCUGAUUGCCCAGGGCUUUAGAAAGGAUGCUGAGGCCUCUGAACCCUACUGGAUGACCCCAGAGUCACCAGUAUUCAAGAAAAGAGCUGAUCUAGAAAACUGAAUUCCACUCCCACCCCUUUUAAAGAAGCGAGGCCUACUCAUCUGCCUAACACUGCGGAACUGUCAGCACAUCAGUCACCGAGCACUGGGGGAGAAACACUGGUGUUUACCAGAGCAGAGGGCAGGAGUCCCGAUGCUGAUGCUGUUGGGGAUGCAGAGCAUCAGGCAGUGAUAAUGGCACUGUGGCUACUCAGGGUCUGAGUACUCCAGCUAGG